UGCGCUGUGCGCCUUGCCAAAACGGUGGGCUACGUCAGUGCCGGGACAGUGGAGUAUCUCUAUAGCGAAGGAGGGAGCUUCCACUUCCUGGAGCUGAAUCCCCGCCUGCAGGUGGAACAUCCUUGCACAGAAAUGAUUGCGGACGUCAACUUGCCAGCUGCUCAGCUCCAGAUUGCCAUGGGUGUCCCGUUGCACAGAAUCAAGGACAUCCGAGCUCUCUACGGAGAAUCCCCGUGGGGAGACCACCCCAUCGCUUUCGAGGGCCCCAGCAAUGCUCCCGUCCCCAGGGGCCACGUCAUAGCGGCACGAAUCACCAGUGAAAAUCCCGAUGAGGGUUUCAAGCCCAGCUCUGGCACCGUGCAGGAACUGAAUUUCCGCAGCAAUAAGAACGUCUGGGGAUACUUCAGCGUUGCGGCCGCGGGCGGCUUGCACGAAUUUGCCGAUUCCCAGUUUGGACACUGUUUCUCCUGGGGAGAGAACCGCGAGGAGGCCAUCUCAAAUUUGGUGGUCGCCUUAAAGGAGCUGUCCAUCCGCGGGGACUUCCGGACGACGGUCGAAUACCUGAUUAAGUUGUUGGAGACCGAGAGUUUCCAGACGAACGAGACGGACACCAGCUGGCUGGAUCACCUGAUCGCUGAAAAAGUCCAGGCAGAGAAACCAGACACGAUGUUGGCCGUGGUCUGUGGCGCCCUUAACGUGGCAAAUGCCUCCUUCAGGACCUGCAUGGACGAUUUCCUGCAUUUGCUGGAGAGGGGCCAAGUCCUGCCGGCAGCCUCCCUCCUGAAUAUUGUCGACGUGGAACUUAUUUACGAAGACACCAAAUAUGUGCUUAAGGUCGCCCGUCAGUCCCUGACCACCUACGUCCUCCUAAUGAACGGCAGCCACAUUGAGAUCGAUGUGCACCGGCUGAACGACGGGGGGCUCCUCCUGUCUUACAACGGCAACAGUUACACCACCUACAUGAAAGAAGAAACCGACCGGUACCGCAUCACAAUCGGCAACAAGAGCUGUGACUUUGAGAAAGAGAAAGACCCAUCCUUGCUUCGGGCCCCCUCUGCGGGAAAGCUGCUGCACUACACGGUGGAGGACGGGGCCCGCAUCUAUGGGGGCCACAGCUAUGCAGAAAUGGAGGUGAUGAAGAUGGUGAUAUCCCUGACAGUGGAAGAGUCGGGCAUCAUCCGCUACGUGAGACGGCCGGGCACGUUGUUGGAGGCGGGAUGCGUGGUAGCUCAGCUCGAGCUGGACGACCCCACCAAAGUUCACCUGGCCCAGUUGCACACGGGGGGGCUCUCCCCUCAGCCAGCCCUGCCCAUCCUUGGCGAGAGGCUGCACCAGGUCUUCCACAACGUGCUGGAGAACCUGCAGAAUGUCAUGAACGGCUACUGCCUGCCAGAGCCUUAUUUCUCUGCCAAGAUUGCCAGCAUUUUGGACAGCCACGCAGCCACCCUGCAACGCAAAGCUGACCGGGAAGUCUUCUUCAUGAACACCCAGAGUAUCGUGCAGUUGGUUCAGAGGUAUCGCAGUGGCAUCCGAGGCCACAUGAAAUCGGUGGUGCUGGAUCUGCUGAGGCGGUACCUGCAGGUGGAGACCCAGUUCCAGCAAGCUCAUUACGACAAGUGCGUGAUCAUCCUGAGGGAGCAGCACAUGCCCAACAUGACCCCCGUCCUGGAGUGCAUCUUCUCCCACGCCCAGGUGGCCAAGAAGAACCUCCUGGUGACCUUGCUGAUUGCUCUGUUCAAACAGUGGGGACCCACUGAGGAGGCCAGCCCCACCGACGUGCUGACGUACACGGAACUAGUGCUGGAUGCCCAGGGGAAGAUGGUGCAGCUGAACAGGCUGCCGGGAGGAAAUGAGAUUGGAAUGGUGGCCUUCAAAAUGAAGCUGAAGACCCCCGAGUACCCCAAGGGCCGUGACAUUGUGCUCAUCAGCAACGACAUCACCUACAAGAUCGGGUCCUUUGGGCCUGCCGAGGAUCUCCUUUUCCUGCGGGCAUCGGAGUUGGCGCGUGCAGAGGGCAUCCCGCGGGUCUACAUCGCAGCCAACAGUGGUGCCCGCAUCGGCUUUGCCGACGAGAUCAAGACCAAGUUCCAGAUAGGCUGGGUAGAUCCAGCAGAUCCCUACAAGGGAUUCAAGUACCUGUACUUAACGCCUCAGGAUUACACGAGGAUCAGCUCCAUGAAUUCUGUUCACUGCAGGCACGUGGAAGAGGCUGGUGAGUCAAGGUAUAUCAUCACUGACAUCAUUGGGAAAGAGGAAGGCUUCGGGGUGGAGAACCUAAGAGCGUCGGGCACCAUCGCUGGGGAGUCCUCUCUCGCCUAUGACCAAAUUGUCACCAUCAGCAUG